AUGUACAUGGUUCGACUUCUGGGACAGCAGGGAGCAGAGGGGGAAGGGGAAGUGCCACCGCAGACAGAGGCAGAGAAAGGCGACGGGGAGCAGGGCGUAUCCAAGAUGAGUAAUCCAUGUGAUUCAGAUGGAACCCAGAAGGAAAGAUCUUAUUCUUCCGAGGAAUUGUCAGAAGACAGUCUAUUUGUAGACAAUUCUGUGGAGUCAGUUAAUCUACAGACGCUUUCCAAUAACUACGUCUUAUCAACGCAGUGCUAUCUUACAAAAGCACAGAAGCUGAAAAUAGAUGCGCUUAUAGAGAAAAUUCAAUCUAAAAUCACAGUGCUAGUUGUACAGAUGAAGAAGUCGAAUGUAAAACGGCAUGCUACUCUGAUAAUACAUAAGGAUUAUGCGCUCGAGCACUUUCCAUGUGAAGAUACAACUGCCGUACUCCAGCUGCCUGGGAAGAACAAGGAUUGGAAAUGCACAUUCCGCAUCAGGCCAUCUGGCACAUCUGAUGCAGGUCGGCGCAACCUCUUUUUGUACAACUUUGCCUGUGACAACCAUAUUAGAGAGGGUGAUAUCUGCCUCUUUCAACCAAUGACAAAUGUGAAGCAGAGAAGGUUCAUAGUGACAGUCCAUGUCCUUGACAAAGUGAAUAUUGAUCACUCCCCUGGUAGAAGAACUGACAUUGGCUCAAAUCAUGGAAGGAAAAGGGCCAAGAUGGGCGCCGUUAAGGACAAACCACACACCGACGAGCAUGAAGUCUCUGAGGAUUCCGAGGGAGCUUUUGGGCGUCUCUUCAUGCUGUCAGACAAAGCUUGUCCAACACCAGCACAGCGGAAGAAAUUGUUAAAGAAAGUUAAGAAGAUUAAGUUCAAACCACCCUUUUAUGUUGCUAUCAUGAGCAAGAGCACUGUCUGUCAGCGUGGCAGCCAAAACAAUCCCAUGCUACGCUUUGGCUCGCAGUACGCAACCAGGUAUCUUGUUGAGAAGUUUGCUGGUGGCCAUCCUUGUGGAAAACGUAGAGGAGUCGAGUUGGUGCUUCUGCGGGAGGGCAAGAGUAGGUCAUGGUGUACCAAGCUGCGGCAUAGCUCGCGAGGCUCGAGGGUUCUCAAAGGAUGGCCAUCUUUCGCCCGCGACAACAAGCUGCGGGAGGGGGACCUCUGCCUCUUCAAGCUGCUGAAGAGCGAGGAGCUGCUGGUGAUGAUGGUCUACAUCGUUCGCCACUAGUAAUGUUAUCCUGAAGCAUGGCUUGCAUGCUGAUACUAUGAUGAUCUUGAACUCUGGGUCAGUCUGAGAGUGGAAAACUGUGGCUCGCCUCCAAACGAGGGAGCCGUUGAGCAUGAAACGCUUAGUUCUGUGAUAACUUUGUUAUGGUUGGGUGGGUCAAGUUUGAACAACCUGUGAUGUGUUGCUAACUUGCUCUUGUUUGAGGGCACUGUUUUUGCACGUGGGUUCUCUGCAGCACACUAGAGUGCACUUGCAGAAUUUGAGGCAGUGCAUACUGGUUGUUCAAACUGUUCCGCAACUCCUGCCGGCCAUAGUGGGAUUUGGUCCAACCAUACUAGCUAAUCUGCAAUGACAGUAUGACACCCAGACCCAGUAGCCAGAGUAUGUGAUUAGAAAUUACCCACUGACUCUAUUACUACAUUAUUAUUAUCUAGUACUACUAUCAGUGUUUUAGUUGAUAAUGGGAUUUUGUUAACAUGUGAGAAUAUGAGAAGCUAUAAUAUUUUUCUCUGUUAUGUGAGAAUCCACGUUGAUAGCAUGUUCAAUUAGUUAGUUGGACGCUGGA